GUUUAGUGGCAUUACAAAGAAGACACUUGAAAAUGUUACUACAACAUUAGAUGAUGUCCAAAAAUGUUUAAUCGAUCUUCUGCCGCAUGAUGCAAUUCUGAUCGGACAUUCCUUGGAAAAUGAUCUGCGAGCCUUGAAGGUGAGUUCAUUUCACAGUUUAGUGUAAACUGUUGUCCGGUGUUUUGAAAGAAAAUAAAAAACGUGACCAUUAUUCCACCAAGAAAGGUUUCUCUCUUUAUCCAUUCGUUUUGGAUUCCUAAAACGCAACUUAUGUAAGAUGCGUCUAAUUUCCCUGGUAACAAAAUACCCUUGAAACCUUCAAUCUUUAAGGUAUUCUUAUUUCAUCUGUCAAGAUAUUCUCUGAUUGUAUACAAAUCAUUGUAUUUCUCUAAUGUGUACCUUAUAUUUAUUUCUUUCUAGCUGCAUCACAGACGUGUGAUUGACACUUCAGUCUUAUAUGACAGUAGUAGUGGUCCUUUAUUUAAAUCUUCACUCAAAUGUCUCACUAAACAGUUUUUGAAGUAAGUGUUCAAUCGCGUGCGUACUUUCCACCUUUUUCCAAGGGCAUCUUAGUAAUUUCCAGUUUGUUUAGUGGCAAUAUUCAUUUGUAAUCUUUGGCCUGCACUUCUGUGUUUCUUGCGAUGUAAUUGAAACUUUUUCUAUGUACAGUAAAAAGAUUCAAAAUGGAUCAGAUGGCCAUUGUUCAAUCGAAGAUGCUAAAGCCUGCAUGGAGUUGGUUCAGCUGAAAAUUAAAAAUGGUAAAUUUGUUUACUUUAUCUUCACAAGAGAACAGAUUUCUGACUCCGUGCUGUGUGUUACAAGACUCGAAAAUCCAUCUUUUAGAGCUGGUGUAGUAUUAUACUACGCUAAUUCCCAAAACUAUCAGCAAGAAAACGCGUAACAUUUCCUCAAAGCAAUACAUACUCAUUACCUCACCGCAUAAUAUUAAGUAAUAGGAAUGCAACGAGGAGAAACGUUGAAGUUCUCAACGGCCACCAGGAAAUGGGGUGGGUUUAGAUCGCGAAAAUUGUCCGUGGUCCCGGAGCACCAUCAUUAAAAAUGACCAUUUUUCAGACGGAGUGGCGAAUCUUAUAGUCGAGGGGCGCAAAGCAUUACAACCGCUGCGAGCAUGCGCGAUCCCGCGAGGAAAUGCGCAAGAUUAUAAAGAAUUCUUGUGACGAGCUAAUUAAUUAUGCAGUGAGAAUAGUGGCUCGAAUGUGAGUAGUAGAAAUGUAGAAGACUAAUGCUUGGGUUACAUCUCGCCUGAUUUGUAGACCUCUGCAUUUCUCCAAGUUUAGUUUUUUCAUCAGUUGUCGAGUGGACAUACCAAGUUUGCUUGAGAGGCCCCGAGGGAAGUUACACCUGGCAAAGCGUUUCAUGUUUUCUUAAUUCUAUUUUUUCCUUGCCUUGUUAACGUUAUUCCUUGUUUGUUUGUUUUUUAGGUCCAAACUUUGGAAAACUGUCAAUGAAUAAAGAAGGGUAUGCAAACUUAGUUCAAAAUAUUCACUUACAGAUAAUUCCAUCAGUUAUUUGUUAGAAAAAGGAGGCCCGGCCCGUAAACACUUGCUUAUCAUGAGACAAAGUUCUCUCUGCUUUUUAUAACAGGUUUUUUAAAAGACGAUCACUCUCCGCAUUAACAUUUUGGAUUUUUGGUGUAGGCUUUUUCUUGCAAUUGUUUUUAAGAAAGCAAAUCAUAUCUCAGUCAAGGGUGGUUCAUGUUUAGUACCCUACAGGCUUGAAACAAAGCUGAUGGUAAUCGACAUAGAGUGGGCUUUUUUGAUCCCUUUUUUUAUUCCUUUACGUUUAUUUUUAUUACUUGCCAAGCCCUUCUUUGGAGUAAAACCAUUUUGGAGUUUUUACAAAUAAUAAAUGUAUGAAGAAGGAUUUGUUGCCAGUCACAGCAGGGGAUGAAGAAUACUGUCUCUCUCGCCUCAGGCGCCGCUACAGCGCAGAAAAAAAUCGCAUGUAUAAAGGUUGCUUCAAGGGACUAGUAAUUGGUGCACUGGCAUUUCUUUCGUUUUCUUUAGACAGAUGGUGAGAGUUAAUAUAGGAAAUGAUGAAUACAUAACUUAAGUCAUCGUUUCUCUUUUUACGUGAUAUUUAUCAACAGGUUAUUUGAGAGGAUCGCUCGCAAAGGAAGGAUAGGUAUAUUAGACACUUUUCCUAUAGUUUAUAUUAUUAUUAUUAUUAUUAUUAUUAUUAUUAUUAUUAUUAUUAUUAUUAUUAUUAUUNUUUCUUAAUUCUAUUUUUUCCUUGCCUUGUUAACGUUAUUCCUUGUUUGUUUGUUUUUUAGGUCCAAACUUUGGAAAACCGUCAAUGAAUAAAGAAGGGUAUGCAACUUAGUUCAAAAUAUUCACUUACAGAUAAUUCCAUCAGUUAUUUGUUAGAAAAAGGAGGCCCGGCCCGUAAACACUUGCUUAUCAUGAGACAAAGUUCUCUCUGCUUUUUAUAACAGGUUUUUUAAAAGACGAUCACUCUCCGCAUUAACAUUUUGGAUUUUUGGUGUAGGCUUUUUCUUGCAAUUGUUUUUAAGAAAGCAAAUCAUAUCUCAGUCAAGGGUGGUUCAUGUUUAGUACCCUACAGGCUUGAAACAAAGCUGAUGGUAAUCGACAUAGAGUGGGCUUUUUUGAUCCCUUUUUUUAUUCCUUUACGUUUAUUUUUAUUACUUGCCAAGCCCUUCUUUGGAGUAAAACCAUUUUGGAGUUUUUACAAAUAAUAAAUGUAUGAAGAAGGAUUUGUUGCCAGUCACAGCAGGGGAUGAAGAAUACUGUCUCUCUCGCCUCAGGCGCCGCUACAGCGCAGAAAAAAAUCGCAUGUAUAAAGGUUGCUUCAAGGGACUAGUAAUUGGUGCACUGGCAUUUCUUUCGUUUUCUUUAGACAGAUGGUGAGAGUUAAUAUAGGAAAUGAUGAAUACAUAACUUAAGUCAUCGUUUCUCUUUUUACGUGAUAUUUAUCAACAGGUUAUUUGAGAGGAUCGCUCGCAAAGGAAGGAUAGGUAUAUUAGACACUUUUCCUAUAGUUUAUAUUAUUAUUAUUAUUAUUAUUAUUAUUAUUAUUAUUAUUAUUAUUAUUAUUAUUAUUGUUAUUAUACAUGGUACUCUCUAAACUGCCUUAUUGGCUAAGAUCCUACAGUUAAUUUUGGUAAUAAGCACAAAGUACAGAUUAGUUUCGUGUGCGCGCAAUGCACAAUUUCCACGUGCAAUUUGAAACUAUGUUCCUUGGUGCGGUGUGUUUGUCGUUAUUUUCUUCAGUACAAUUCUGACUAGAUUCGGCUUUUGUGAAAUCCGGUAUAAUCAAGGACUCGGUAAGUGUUAUAAGCCUUUGGCCUCGGUUGACAAAACUUACCUCGAUCUUGAUUAUUCUGAAAAAAAAAACGCAUCCAAUAAUGAUUAUCCCUGGAUUCGCUCUGGCGAAGGAGUAGCGCUGGAUACUUCACGUUUAAAAUCACUCUGACGGUGAUCCGUUCACCUUACAGUUGACCUUCGUGGCAGCCGUUUCCGCAGGAGUUCGUCGAGUUGGAAAGGGAGCUAAAUAGAAUCCACCUUUUUUGCUCUCGGCCCUCACAGUUUUCUUGGUUUGACUGUAACUCAGUUGGUAGACAGCAAAUUACUUCUUCACCGAAGGCCGCACUCUUUAUUUAUUGCUUUUUGGUUGGUUGUUUCUUUGUUGUUUGGCUUGUAAUGAAAAAACUAUACAAGCAGAAACUCGUUGGUAGGAAUCUCUCACCCAUGGAGCUUAUUUAGUUGUUUUUAGCAAGUGUUUAAUUGUUUUUGGAUAUAUAAGCUUGUUGCAUCAAACAAAGCGUUUACGUGGUAGAAGAAUUAAGACUGAUUACUCUCCCAAGAGAAGAUCCCGAGAAUAAAUUUUUAAAUCUAUUUUUGUGUGAAUAGCCCAGUGAUUUGAGGCUAACCAACUAACCGACGUCUCAUACCGACCGGAGACUGUCGUCGUGAGUCGUCGUGACCCACGAUGAUUCAAGAUGAUUGGAGACUAAUCCUAUUAUUAUGAUCUUGUACUAUUCGUAGGAGCCAUGCUUGACUCCCCAGGAGUGUUAAGAAAAUUUUGUAGUGGUGCAAGACACGCCGUUUCAUGUACUUCAGAUGACGAGGUAAUGUCGCUUCUUAAAAACUAAACUCCUUUGGGUUAAUCAUCACCGUACCUGGGGAGUUUUUGAAACUUUCUCGUUUGGUGAUAAUUAAAAGUGGCUCUGAGCUUUACCCACGGGGGGCUCUCACAUUCGAUCAGGUUACAAUACCGUAUUUCCUCGAAUAAGCGUCCUCCCCCGAGUAAGCGCUCACCCCCUAGGCCAAAAUAUCAAAUAAGCGCCCCCUCGAAUAAGCUCCCCCUUUCCCUUUGUGUAAUGGGACUUCAGUACGCUUGAUAACCAAUGCCCUCCUCGAUUAAGCGCACUCUUUUUUAAAAACGCCCCUUCUUUGAACCGAAAUUUUCAAUAAGCGCCCGAACUCUUAUUCGAAGAAAAACGUUCUUAGAAUAAUGAUCAUUUACUUUAAUAUCGAUAGGAGAAAUUUGCUUUCUUUUGCGGCCAUUUUGAACUUUGCGGUCUGCUGGUACGACAUCUGCAACCAAGAAAUCUUCGGAGCCGCUCGUAUCUCUGAUAAUAUGUCGCUUCACACUCGGCAAGCGAUUGGAUCUUCCGAGAGUUUUUCGACUGUCCCAGACCCCCGAUAUUUCUUGGCUCCAGAUCUCGCACCAUCUGACCGAAAAAUUCGAAACGGCCGCCAAAGAAAACAAAAUCCACUCAUCGAUGAAGUAAGUUAAAUCUUUAUCUAAAUGUUUUAACCCGAUCGAAUGUGAAAGCCCCCAUGUGUUAGCACCUGUAGGCGCUUAUUAGGCCACCAAUGACCAUUGUCCUUAUUUCUAGGUGGUGUCCCAGGCGGUGGAGCUAGUCAAAACCGCAGAUCUGUUGUGGGCUCAUUUACAUCAACCUGAAAUGUUUCUCAAAGGUCAGCGGCAUUAUAAUUGCAGACGGAACCUUUAUUACGUUCUUUUAAACGUCUCAAACUGAUGCAUACAUUUCAUUGAGACAAGAAACUAUUUUGAACCAACUUUUGUCUCAUAUCUUCGCAGGGGAAACGUGUAACGAUGAGGGAAAAGAAGAUCAAAGAUGGAAGGUAACUUAUUGAAAUAAGUCCUUGUUUAGUUUUAUAGGCUAGGGGAAAAGAAAUGUUUUUGUAAAAAUGACUGGACUGCUUGUCAAAAAGUGUUAAAAGAUUUUUUGGUGGCGGAAGGGGGUGGGAGAUAGUUUCCAGGUUAUUUUAUGUUUUUGAAGUAUCGGCUCAAAGUGACGGCAGUGUCUUUAACAAUUUUGUGUCUCCUUGUAGAGCUGUAUUGGCAGGCUAAUAUAGGAUAUGCAGUCUGGAAACAUUUACUUCAAACAGUUGUUACAAAUUUGGUCCCGAGUGUUCUGAGGUUCCUGACUUAAACAAAGCACCUUGGGCGUCACAUUUGUGAAGUUGUUUUCUUUUUGUCAACAGGAAGUGCUAAAGUCGGUAGACUCUAAAAUCCUACAAAUUCACCAGGCCCUACCGAAAGACACUUUGUUUUUUGUGAUGUUUGGUUGCGGGGAUUUAUCUCUCGUCACAAGGCAAGUUGUUAUUUUACGCAAUUUUAGAUAUCGUAAAUCCUACCUAGCUACUUUAAAAUGGAAUCUUGAGCCAGUUAGUUAUUACAAUGUUUAGACGCCGUUUAAGUUGUUUGGUUGCGCGAUAAUCCUGCUACAAGUUUAAUUGUUUGAUAGGCAUUGGUCAGUUACUAAGUCCAGGAGUGUUUCACUAAGUUUCCACAAAAAUCACCUUUCUCAAACCCUGAAGGUUACUGGAUAGCAGCAAAGUAACGAUAAAGAUCCUUAUUUUACGUGGGAAAUGAACCGGUAAUAGUGCACAUUUGACAGACAAAGAUGAGGCCGACGGUGCAUUCGUUUUACCUCCUUCUCUCCAUCAGUUCUCCUUUUUACUGGUGUUAAAAGCUACUUUUAAAAAGCUACAAGGAAAAGAGUAAAAGACGAAACAAGGAUUGAGGUCCCACCUGGAAAUCGAACUCGAAAUCUUCCGCACAGAAGGCCGCGCACGUUAGCUUAUCAAGAAACAACCUACCCAAGGCUUAUAGGGCUUCAUCAAGAGAGGAUAAAGGGGACAGAGAAGGCAUCCCCCAUACACACCCUAUUCCAUAGGUAAUUCGUCUCGAGUUAUUUUUAGAAUCGGGAUCAAAAAGCUACCUCGCGCGCAGCGUGGAUGUUUCGUGGAGGUUUCGCAUGACUAAACGCCGUGCAAAACAUGUCGGGCGAAAGGCAAUGAAAGCGUAAAGAGACCGACAGCAUUUCUGAAUAUUGAUGCCAAAUGAGUAGUCGCUCACCUGGGAAAAGGAAAUCGCUGGACUCUUUGACAACUCUUGAAAUCAGUUUAACUCGCAGUUGUCGUAACCGGUCUAUUGAAACCGGUCGUUUGUACAAUAAAGCAAGUAGGACGCCAAGUGUUAUUUUGUUGAAUAAUAAAAGAAUAAAUAUCAUAUCUCUUCAAACUGUAAAUUAUAAACGAUCCUGAGAGAAUAUUCAGUGUGUUAAGGAUUUUCCUGCUGUACUGUUAGCUCUAUACAAGAGAGGAAUGGCGAUUCUUUUUUAAUUUCCGUUUCGAUGACACAGCUUUAGCAGAAAUCUCUCUUUAGUCGUUUUCGUCGACAAAACGAAUAGCAAUAUCGCUCUCCGCGUCUUCCGCCAUUUUUUUAGCGUCAAUUCGUGUAUGGUCGGCCAUUUGUUUCAAAAUUAUGACCCGAUAUACGUGCGGUUUUUUCCCACGUAUACUUGCAAUCAUUCCUGCUACACGAUAUACGUUCGUUUUUUUGUCACGUAUACUUGCGUUUUAUUCCUAAGUAUAUGACCAUUUUCUUCUAUUGACAAAUGGUUCUCCUUUCACAUAUCUUGCUUAGAACUUUGUAUCCCCUUUAACUGCUGGAAACCCGCACUGUCAUAAAAUAGGAAUCAGUCACAAAUGUAGAACGCUUUCUCGACGGGUAAGGGGUUGGACCUCGGGGUGGAGCCUCCCCGUACAAAUAUUUGUUAAGUACCUCUCCGGGAUUUCGGGUGGAGCCUCCCCGUAUAGGCCAUCAUAGGGAGUACCCUCUCCCCUGGCAUAGGAAGAAAUAAUCACAUCCCCGGACAAAGAAACUUACAUGCAUGCAUGUAGUUAUUCCACAGAUCCAUGAUUUACGGAGAAAACCAUAGAAACUACAAUCUCUAUUUAGCCGUAAUACUAAAUUAAAGCUUUAGGCUUAAACAAAGGUCAAAGAAAAUUAAAACACUUUACAACUGCAUCUGAGGUCAACUUCUAGCAGGAAGACCUAAAGAACCAUAAACCACAGGAGAUGAUUACUCAGUAUGCAGGUAAUUAUCUGUAGUGCUAGUAACUUUAAGUUUAACUUAAUUAUUCCAUCGUUCAUAUAGUACAAAACUCAGUAAAGCCAAAGCCGGGGGCUUAUACGACCUGUGGUCAAAAUAACAGAAAUUAUUUUAUGUAGAAAUGAAGUCAUUGAAGGCUAAAUUUCGAAACUAAAACAAGAUACAAAACUUAAAUUAAGUAAUGCAAGCAGUCCUAUAGCAGAGGUAAAACUAGAAGUACUAGUGACAAAUAAACUAACAAUAAACUAUGAUAAUCCUGCGCUAAUUCAAUCCAGGCUUAAAAAGUAAAGUUUUAGUUUCUAUUUAAAGUCAGUGGUGGUAAGGCUGUUACAGAGAGUGAAGGGUAUAUCAGUGGGAUAUCCUUGGCCAAAUAAUCGGGGCGUGAGAACUAAUAGCAAAUUGAUACCUGAGGGACAUUUUAUGCAAGUUGAACGAGAACGAGUUAGAUAACCAUGAAAAUCACAAUUAAAGUGGAGGAGCACUAAGGAAAGAGAGGCAGGUGGAAGGCUAUUAAAGUCAGUGAGAAUACCAGGGAAAUAAUAAAAAGCUUCGAGACUAGGAGGCUUAGAACGUGUUCGUGGAGGCGAAAAGGUGGUAAUUCGCGCGCGAGAGAGAAAAGAAGAAAAACCAAUCUGUUCAAGCAGACUCUCAAGGUCAUGUUUCACAUUAUCAAGAGCUUAUGAGUCGUGUUUUGCCUGUCGGACGCUAAUUUCUAACUGAAUCGAUCGUUGUUUCGGUCAGCAUUUGUGAAAUAGCGUACACAGUCUCUCAAGAGACAAUCCACGGAUUCCAACAAAUCGGUUGUCGGGGAGCCAACAACCACCACUACUGGCGGUGAGGGCAGUGAAUAAGAACCAAACCUUGCUCGAAAUUAACGCGGCCAUUGUGGCCAUGCUUGAUUCAGACUGAAGUUAGUUUUCAGCUCCAUCGUACAUGAAGGGGGUUUUUUGGUGACGGUAUAAUUCGGUGCCUCUUGUACGACGACUUUCUGUGACCCCAUAUACCACGUGCUUGUUUGUAACGCAUAUAUAUGGGAUAUUUUGUGCGCAUAUAUAUGCGCGUUUGUAAGAAAAUGGUCAUAUACUUGGGAAUAAAACGCAAGUAUACGUGACAAAAAAACGUACGUAUAUCGUGUAGCAGGAAUGAUUGCAAGUAUACGUGGGAAAAACCGCACGUAUAUCGUGUCAUAAUUUUGAAACAAAUGGCCGACCAUAUUCGUGAAGGACGCGUGGCUCUGAGCGUGGGUCAUCCACGCGGAACACAUUCGCGCUAUGUGAUUGGCUGUUGUCUAAUUCCCCACGGGAUCUGUGGUCUUAAAAAUAACUUGAGACGAAUUACCUAUGGAAUAGGGUGUGUAUGGGGGAUGCCUUCUCUGUCCCCUUAAUCCUCUCUUGGGGUUCAUCUAACCUGCGUGCGCGACAUGCGCUUGGAAGUAAUAUAAUAAGCGCAACGAAUUCUAUCUCGCAUAUACUUCCACGCAGCUAUCUCGAGAGAGGAACGUGUCGCGAAAGCCUCAAAACAUUCACGUUGCGGACGAAACACUGUUAUCAUCGUAUAAAUCUUUAAUGUUGGUAUCUCUUUUUUUAGACUUCAGAAGGAUCGGAAGUCAAAUAAAGCAGAAUUAAAGAAAGCCGUGAAGAUUGCAAAGAAAGGCUUGUGUUUUAUUAAGAUCACGUGA